CUUUUAUGAUGUUAUCUUUCAGACAAUCAAGACAAACCUUACGCGAGACAAUGAAUUUGUUCGAGACAGCAUGAUGAGCCUCACCAACCACUUUAAGAGAUACGAGAACUACUCCAACGUUAUGAUGAGCAUCAAGAAGGACAUCUCCAGCCUCAGCCUGCAGCUGCUGCAGAAGGACUCCUCAGAGACCAAAGCACAGGAUACUAAUGUAGAGAAAACCAAGGAGGCUGCAAAAAUUCCUAACAAAAAGACCCCUGCGGCCAAACUUUCAGCCAAACCACCCAAAGCAAAGGUCGUAAAACCCAAGAAAGAGGUCAUUAAACCUGGGAAGCCGGCCAAGCCUGACCCUACAGCAAAAGCCAAGGUGGUUGGCCACCAGCCCGGCGUGGUGAGGGGCAUCACAUACUACAAGGCCGCCAAGAGUGACGACGAUGAGCACAGAGGAGACAGAGGUCACCGUCAGCCCGCAACAGGGCUGAGAGCGACGACAGACGACUCGCGACACACCUCGCACGACGCAAACGCCCGCGCGUCCUCAGGAGCCGGAGACCGUCGCACCCCAGACGACAUACAAGCGUCCGUGUGUCCAGUGCGUCGUCGCCGCCCACUCCUGGGAGGCGAGAGAACGUGCUCUCUUUGGCAUCUCAAGUUUUCCCAGACAUACGACCAUUGA